AUGAAUUCAAAAAUAAAAGAGACUUUUUCUCGUAUGAAGCCAAUAUGUGAUAUGGUUAUGGUAUGCCCAUCUCCAGGAAAUGUAAACAGAUUUAUGAGUAUUGUGUCAGAAUUAAGGAAGGAAGAUGUUCAAGAGUUGCAACAGUACCUGCUAUUUCCUUUCAUCACACACAUAAGAUCUACAGAGAUUAAAAAUAAACAUGAACAGCAAAGAAUUGUUAUUGAUGCAAUGAAAGUUGUGUUGGAGAAAGUCACUGUAAACAGCUUCGAAAUGUGUAUGAAAAUUGAAACUGGACUGCUUAGCUUAACCUUUGAUAAAAAUAAACCAGGAAUGAUUGCUGAAGUUCCUGAAGAGUUAAAACUGAGUAUAAUGAGGUGUCUUACUGUCCUAAUGUUGAAUAUUGAUUCAGCUGUUAGGCUGAAACUCUUGAAAACCCAAGUUCCUUUACUAGCCCAGACCAUAUUCAUAUCUGUACAUAUAGCUAAACUUGAAAAAUUAAGAUCACUAAGAUUAGCUGCCAUUAACAAUGUAAUGGCGCAUACUGCGACACAUGAACAACUUACAGAUGAUAUGUGCCAUAUAAGAGAUGGCAAUCUUGAAACUUUAGUAGUUGAUAUGCUUUCAAGUAUACUGCCUGGCGUACUAGCAGCAUUACAAGAUGUUGCCAUGUGUAAAGAAAAUCCAGGACAUGCUGUUGUUGUGGCAGCACUGAAUGCAACACACCGCAUACUUUGCCUGACAAUGCAUGACAAACAUUUGAACAAGAAGACCGAUGUGACAGCUGAGGACUUUGCCAGCAUGAUUGCUUUAAAAACCAAAUCCAUAGACAAAGAUGUAAGCAGUAAGGGUGUUAAGGAUAUUGCGAGGAGGUCGCCAGAAUGGUACGCUAUGGCUGGAGAAAAGCUAACACUGGUGAUUAAAAGUCUCGUACCGCUGAGUACACAUGAAAACGUCAAGAUAAGGAAAGAACUCGCUGUGCUCAGUGCGAGGAUACUGAGAGAAUGCAACGCAUCAAUGCAGCCUUCUAUACCAGUAGUUCUUGACAUUUUAAUAUCCUUGGCGAAGGACGAGUAUCCCGAAGUAUCUGAGUACUGUGCUAGUGUAGUGAACGCAUACUUCGCCGAGGCUUCGGAGGAAAGGAGGCUCGACACUAUGGAUUGUCUUUGCGAGAACUUUCUCACGACCUUAACAAAUCUGCCGAGGAUUCUAAAUAACAUUGACUCGGGCCGCAAACUCGCAGCACUGAACCUUUUGCACGGGUACGUGCGCGUUUUGAGCGACGAGUCACGACCGCAGCGGCUGACUACGGCGAUUACGUCACACACAGCCCUCGAUGCUCUCUGCGAAGCUCUGCGUCACGCCGCUGCACUCUCCACCGAUCUUACGCUGCUCGCCACGCAUGCGGACAGAGAGCUGACGGCUCCACCACCAACUACCACUCCGUGGCGUAUCCUUCGACAUUUAGACACGAAGGAAUGCGAGCAGCGACUGCAGGAUAUCUGCCAGCUGCUCGCUGAAGCGGAGUGCGCGGAACUGUUGCUCGAUCAUCUGCUGGAACUGUUCCAGCAGAGGGAAUGCGAGGUGGCCUACAUCAUGAACUGUUUUGGCUCUGCGCCAAAUUCCUCACCGACCCUUGCCAAGCGCAUACUGGACACGUAUUUAGAGGAGGAUGUGUGGUACUUGCCGCUGGAGGUCUGCAGCUCGGAGACUCCGGUAACCAAGGAGGAGACGUUAGAUGUCGAGGUAUACAACCCGAGGGCCUGGAUGAAAGAUAGUGUGCCAGGUCUGUAUGAGGGCGCGACGGAGACGCGGUACACGGGUGUAAGCUACGCGGAGGGGCGGCGCGGCGCGGCGCCGGGCUGCAGCAGCGUGGCGGCGGCGCAGCGCAGCGCGGCGCUGUGCUGCCUGCUCACCGAGGGCGUGGGCGCGCUGGCUGCCACGCUGCGGGACCGCUUCCAGCCAUACUUGUUGAAGACCUUGUGCCUUGUACUGGAGAGAGUCGGCAGCCGGUACGAACUGCUCCACCUGGCUGGUCUGAAAGCCAUCAACGACAUUGCCCUCGCGUGCGGACACAGCGGCGUCGUCGAACUGAUCGCCACCAACGCGGACUACCUCACGAGUCAGAUCACCAAUAGACUGAAAAAGGUGUGGAACAUUCAAUCCGCCCUCGAGAUUUUAUCUGUGGUAAUGGAGUACAGCGACACAAGAAUACUGGAUUAUUUGUACGGAAUCGUGGAUGAUGUUCUCGUUCAAAGCUGCGAUAAGUUUCACGAGAGAGAUCUCUACGCAUACCUGCAAGUGUUUCUUACUUUCAUCACUCGCAUUCGAAAGUGGUUUCACGUUGAAGAAGAUUCAAAAACCACUACAUGUAACAAAACAGAAAACUUCAGCGUGCUCAAAGGUGUUAUAGAGUUUGCCAAGAACAAAGAAGAAGCGGAGAGAUUAUUAAGCAAGGAAGAGUUCGAGGAGGAUUGCGGGAAGAGUGUGGAGGAGAUGUACAGAGAAGAUUUGAAGAAAAAAGAAGAAGACGUGUUAGAUUAUGACGACAGAGUUACACACGAAUCGCCACCGUUGCAGCGACACGUCACUGUCACCGUGUCGAUACUUAAACGAUGUAUCCAUUUUAUCACAUCCAAGCAACGCGACAACGCUAUUUUGGCCUUGAAAGUACUGUCGUUAGGGCUGCCCAUCUUGAAGCACCACGAGAAUGAGCUACUUCCUCUUGUGCACUUGACGUGGGCUCCGCUCUGUACUAAAGUCGGCGCGGAGCCGGCUGUAGCGAGGGCCGCUUUGGAUCUCCUGGUUACCAUGGCAACGCUUUCGAAAGACUUCAUUCGGAAUCGCGCUAUGAAAGACGUCCUCCCCCACAUGUACAAAUAUUUGCGAAGCAGUUCCCACGACAGUCUGCUGAAGGACCGGGGCUCCACGUAUCGGCUGAGUCCGGCCUACCGGUUGCAGGAGGCGAUGUUGGCUGCCCUGCCUUGCCUCGUUGUGGAUCUUCGCCUGGACGAGGCUGGACUCGAAGAGGCCAUGUCUUGUGCGGACGCUUACUUGUCUAGGAAACAGCCGAAGCCUUUACAGGAACUGGCGGUGAUCUUUUUUAAACACAUAUUGGCGAGCAACUACGGAGCCGGUUGGUACCACCUAAGGAGCCUCUGCGCUAACGAGGACGUGUUAGAACCACCCGCCAUGAAGUACAUCAAAUUGGAACCUGUUGUAGGCACCCCGUAUAGAUCCACUGAUGUGGAUUAUGAAAAAAAUAUCAAAUUGAUAUUUGAUAUAGAUUAA